CUCGGCGAGCCCGAGGGCAGCGCCUCGCCGGACUCGCCGCUCGCCCGCUGGACCAAGUCCUUGCAUUCCUUGUUGGGGGAUCAAGAUGGUGCCUAUCUUUUCCGGACCUUCCUGGAGAGGGAGAAGUGCGUGGAUACCUUGGACUUCUGGUUUGCCUGCAACGGCUUCAGGCAGAUGGACCUUAAGGAUACCAAAACUUUGAGAGUAGCCAAAGCUAUCUACAAAAGGUACAUUGAGAACAACAGCAUUGUCUCCAAGCAGCUCAAGCCUGCGACCAAGACCUACAUAAGGGAUAGCAUCAAGAAGCAGCAGAUAGAUUCUAUAAUGUUUGACCAGGCACAGACUGAGAUUCAGACUGUGAUGGAGGAAAAUGCUUACCAGAUGUUCUUAACUUCUGAUAUAUACCUCGAAUACGUGCGGAGUGGAGGGGAGAACCCUGCCUACAUCAACGGCAACGGGCUGGGGAGCUUAAAAGUUGUCUGUGGCUACCUGCCGACCUUGAACGAGGAGGAGGAGUGGAGCUGCGCGGACUUCAAGAGCAAAAUCCUGCCUUCGGUGGUUGGGCUAUCCAGCAAGACGUUGAGGGUUACAGCGAACGUCAGAGCCACGGAGGCCAUCGAGAACGGGUACAGGUCCUUCAAGAGGAACGAUCCCGUUAACCCCUACCAUGUGAACUCCGGCUAUGUCUUCGCCCCAGCGACGAGCGCCAACGAUAGCGAGAUAUCUAGCGAUGCCCUGACCGACGAUUCCAUGUCGAUGACGGACAGCAGUGUGGAUGGGAUCCCUCCGUACAGGCUCGGGAGCAAGAAGCAGCUCCAGAGGGAAAUGCACCGCAGCGUUAAGGCCAACGGUCAAGUUUCUCUACCUCAUUUUCCGAGAACCCACCGGCUCCCCAAGGAGAUGACCCCCGUGGAGCCGGCCGCCUUCGCUGCUGAACUCAUUUCCCGCCUGGAGAAGCUCAAGCAGGAGCAAGAGACCAUGGACAGCCUGGAGGAGAGGCUGCAGCAGAUCAAGGAGGACGAAGAGAAGGAGGGUGCGGAGGUGGCAGGCGGCGUGCAGGCYGCCCGGGACGCCCCGCACCAGCAGCACCCGCUGUCCCUGCUGCCCGCCGGCAGCUACGAGGAGGACCCGCAGGCCAUCCUGGACGAGCACCUCUCCCGCGUGCUCAAGACGCCCGGCUGCCAGUCGCCCGGCACGGGCCGCCACAGCCCGCGCGCCCGCUCGCCCGACCGCCUGCCCGGGGCCAAGCUGCCACCUGGGGCRUCUGUGCCACCCGCCUGCGCCCUCCUGGCCAAGGCCUUCGUCACCAAGCAGACCACCAAGCACGUGCACCACCACUACAUCCACCAUCACGCCGUGGCCAAGACGAAGGAGCAGCUCGAGGCCGAGGCGGCGCAGCGGGCGCAGUGCUGCUGCCCGCCCGGYGGCGACUACUACUGCUACUCCAAAUGCAAGAGCCACCCCAAGGGCACGGACGCCCCGAUCCCUCCGGUGGAGCCUUUUGGCAGGCCGGGCACGCUGCCCAAGCGGAGCGGCCGGGGGCYGGAGAGCCUGGUGCUGGUGGCGGGUGAUGGAGGGCCGCCCGCCGCCCCGUCGCUGCAGCUGCCCGCCGGCGAGGCCGACCGCGCGCAGAACGUCUGGCAGUGGAUGCUGGAGAGCGAGAGACAAAAUAAGCACAAGCCCCAUAGCACGCAGAGCACAAAGAAGGCGUACGGCUCCGAGGCGGCCAAGGGGGCCCCCGGCGGGCGCCACCACCCCUGGGGCGCGGGCCACGCGCGCGGGGCGCAGCCCGCCCACCCCUUYGUGCAGGACCCGGCCAUGCCGCCGCUCACGCCUCCCAACACCCUCGCGCAGCUGGAGGAAGCCUGCCGCCGGCUGGCAGAAGUCUCCAAGCCUCAGAAACAACGAUGUUCAACCUCAAAUCAGCAGAGGGAUCGAAACCACUCCGCUGCUGUGCAGGGGGGAAGCACCCCUUUUUGCAAUGCAAGUCUAACGACAGAAGACCACAAAGAGCCAAAGAAACUCCCCGUUGUUCACACCUCUCAGUCUAGCGAGUUGGUUGUCACCUAUUUUUUUUGUGGAGAAGAAAUUCCCUACCGGAGGAUGUUAAAGGCCCAGAGCCUGACACUUGGGCACUUUAAAGAGCAGCUGAGCAAAAAGGGAAAUUACAGAUACUACUUCAAGAAGGCGAGCGAYGAGUUCGACUGCGGCGCCGUGUUCGAGGAGAUUUGGGAAGACGACACCAUCCUGCCCAUGUACGAAGGGAGGAUCCUCGGGAAAGUGGAAAGGAUCGAUUGACGGCAUCGGUGUCGCUUAAGGAGAUUAAGCUGGAGAAGUCUGUGGACACGCGACAGUAGUGAUCACAAGGAGAGCAAACAACUCUGAAGGAAAGUUUUGAACCAAUGAAGAAAAAAAAAAAAAAGGUGAAGUCUAUGAAGACUUUGCUGAAUUAGCCUUAGAGGGAAAAAAUGGCAUUUAUUAUUCAUGAGUUGGGUACUGAGAUGAUAAAAACCCUGAACUAUUUAUUAAAAACAUGACCACUGUUGGCUAUUGGAGAUGCAGACCGUGUUUGAGAGACUUCCAUACAUAAUAUAUGAUUUCCUGGGGAUCUGAAAUCUAUGGACUAAGAGAAACUGUGUAUAGCUUACCUUAACAGUAAUCCUUAUUGAUAUUUAUUGAACACUCUGUUUUCCCCUAAGUCCAGUUUUUGGAUAUGCUGCUUUAACAAUGGAGAAGAGAGAGGGGCUGGGAAGGGGGUGAGGGGAGGAAGGAGUAUUUUAUUUUUUUACGUUUUUCCCACUACGGAGAAUUGAGGAGUUGGGCUAGGAGCGCGGCCGCCAGAUUUUUGAAGGGAGAAGAGGGAAGGAAGGACUUUGCAGCCGGAAUUUCUCCAAAUGAAGAGAGAAUAUUCUCUAAAGAAAUAAUAAUCAAAAGUGAAAUAAAACGCUGCCCUACCACUCAUCUGGAGACCGGUGCGUUGUAGCCUCUGCUGCUAUGAUUUAAGUAAAGGUCUUAAGAGAGGGUGCAGAGGACCUUGUUGUCCUGCCAUGUUCGUAGCGGAGGGGACUGGGCCCAGCCUGGGAUUGCUGUGAAGGAGCCRUCACAUUCCCAUCUCCGUCAUUCCCGUCUCCAUGCUCACCCCGCCGAAAGGCCGCCUCGCAAAAGCCACGUUCAAAAGCCCUAGGGAUGCCACGCAGCUAGCUAAUUUUUCAGCUGUUUGCUGUUAGCACAACUUAUAUUUAAAAGAAAUUUUACCAAUGAUGGGGCAUAGUUGUGGAGCAUGCAAUUCUUUUUUUCUUUUUAAUUAUUAUUUUUUUUUAAUUAUUUUUUGCCUCACCCUCACAACCCCCCAGSGCAGGUGCCAGCGGAUGCUCCGGGUGCCGCUUUGCAAAGAGCCGAGCACCCCUUCCCCAGAGAGACCUUGCAUUUCUACACUUGGGUUUCGUGUUGAUUAAGUUAAUCUGUGCGUUCUGUUUGCCAUCGCUACKUUGUAUGAGUCUGUAUAUAUUGUAGAAAAUGUAUGGUGAAAAUAUUAAUACACUAUCUCUAGUGUUUUUUAAAAAAUUAAUCAGUACAGUACCUGUGCCUGCAUGGUGUUACUAGGCCAUGCGUCGCCCUAUAUUCAGGGUUCAAGCUUUCC